AUGAAUAAGAAAAAGAAAAAUGUGUAUCAGCAAACCCAGGCACUUCUGUGCAAGAAUUUUCUUAAGAAAUGGAGGACAAAAAGACAGAGCUUGGUGGAAUGGAGCCUUCCAAUACUUUUAGGACUGUAUAUGGGCCUAUUUUCCGAUUUCCAAGAAAAUAGUCAUAUUCCAGAAACACCUUCUCAGGAUCUAGGAAGGGUAGAUAAAUUUAAUGAUUCUUAUAUAAUGGUUGUGUACACACCAGUCUCUAAUGUAACCCAGCAGAUAAUGAAUAAAACAGCAUCUGCUCCCUUUUUGAAAGGAAGAAGUGUCAUUGGAGCACCUGAUAAAAAAUCCAUGGAUGCACUAAUUACAGAACAUUUUCCAUACAUUGUGACAGUCAUCUUUUAUGACACUUUCUCAUAUAAGUUAAACUUUUAUCAGGGAUAUAGCAUUCCGUAUGUGACGGAAGAAGAUUUCUCAGCUCACUGCUGGCAUGGGUAUGAAGGGGUUUCAUGCUCACAGUCUCUGUACUGGGAAAGAGGAUUCGUGACUUUACAGACUGCCAUUAAUGCUGCUAUCAUAGAAAUCACAACCAAUCACUCUGUGCUGGAGCAGUUAAUGUCAGUUACUGGUAUAAAUAUGAAGAUGUUCCCUUUUAUUUCUAAGGAUAUAUUCCAAAAUGAGACAUUUAUUUUCUACUGCUUGAUUUAUUUCUCCCCAUUUAUGUAUUUUGCAUCAUUCAAUAUUACACAAGAAAGGAAAAAGCUUAAGAACUUGAUGAAAAUGAUGGGCCUACGAGAUUCAGCGUUCUGGCUGUCAUGGGGUUUAUUCUAUGCUGGCUCCAUCUUCAUUAUUUCCAUAUUAAUUACGAUUGUCAUAACGUCUGCCCAAAUUAUAGUCUCGAUGGGCUUCAUGGUCAUAUUUACACUAUUUUUUCUAUACGGCUUAUCACUGAUUAUCCACCUGGAUUAUAAAUUGAGUGAUGUACUUUUUCCUGACCCUUCAGGAGACUCAUACAUAAUGACAGGAACUUUUUUAAUUCUGAUUUUUGAUGGUCUUCUCUACUUGGCACUGGCGUUAUACUUUGACAGAAUCUUACCUUGUGGAAAUGAGCGCCAUUAUUCUCCAUUAUUUUUCCUGAACUCAUCAUCUUGUUUCCAACACCAAAGAACUGAAAACAAAAUUGCUGAGAAGGAAAUAGAGCCUGAGAAUUCCACUGAUGAUUACUUUGAACCAGUAGCCCCAGAAUUCCAAGGAAAAGAAGCCAUCAGAAUCAGAAAUAUUAAAAAAGAAUAUAAAGGAAUGUCUGGAAAAGUGGAAGCAUUGAAAGGCUUAUUCUUUGAUGUAUAUGAAGGUCAAAUCACAGCAAUUCUGGGUCACAGUGGAGCUGGCAAAUCUUCACUGCUAAACAUUCUUAAUGGAUUGUCUGUUCCAACAGAAGGAUCAGUUACCAUCUACAAUAGAAACCUCUCUGAAAUGCAAGACCUGGAGGAAGUCCGAAGGAUCGCUGGAGUUUGUCCUCAAUUCAAUGUUCAAUUUGACAUACUGACUGUGAAGGAAAAUCUCAGGCUGUUUGCUAAAAUAAAAGGGAUUCAGCCCCAGGAGGUGGAGCAAGAGGUACAAAGAGUUUUAUUGGAAUUGGACUUGCAAAACAUUCAGGAUCACCUUGCUAAAAAUCUCAGCGAAGGACAGAAAAGAAAGCUGACCUUUGGGAUUGCGAUUUUAGGGGACCCUCAGGUUUUGCUAUUAGAUGAACCGACUGCACGAUUGGAUCCCUUUUCAAGGCACCGAGUGUGGAACUUCCUGAAGGAGCGAAAAUCAGACCAUGUCAUCCUCUUGAGUACCAGUUUCACAGAUGAGGCUGACAUCCUGGCUGACAGAAAAGUGAUCAUGUCCAAUGGGAGACUGAAGUGUGCAGGCUCUUCUCUCUUUUUGAAGAGACGAUGGGGUCUUGGAUAUCACUUAAGACUGGAGCUGGCUCCCUCUUCUCUCCCUGAGAUGCAGAAGGCUCUGAGUGGCAUGGCUCUCUGGAGGCUGCAGGUCUGUGCCAUAGCACGGCUCCGUUUCUUGAAACUAAAACACGGAAAGAAAGAACUCUUGAUCCUACUAUUGGUGCUUGGCAUUGCAAUGUGGCCUUUGAUUAUGGAAAAUCUACUGCGUGCCUUAUUGAGUCUGAACAGCAAUUUGGAAUUUAAACCUGAAAUGUAUUUCCUCUCUCCUGGACAACUCCCUAAGGAGCCCCAUACCAGCUUAUUGAUCAUCAAUAACACAGAAUCAAAUAUUGAAGAUUUUAUACACUCACUGAAACAUCAAAAUAUAGUUUUGGAAGUAGAUGACUUUGACAAUAGAAACGGCACUGAUGACCUGUCAUACAAUGGAGCUAUCCUAGUUUCUGGGAAACAAAAGGAUUAUAGAUUUUCAGUCGUGUGCAAUGUCAAGAGACUUCACUGCUUCCCGACGCUUAUGGGUAUUGUCAGCAAUGGGCUGCUUGGAAUGUUGAACUUUACAAAAUACAUUCGCACUGAGAGAGAUGCAUUUCCACUGACUAAAUGCAUAGGGGUUUGGACUGACCUGCCGGAAGGCUCACUUUUCUUAUUUUUGAUGGUGUGUAGUAUUUCUCCUUACAUCGCCAUGAGCAGUGUUGGUGAUUACAAAAACGAAGCUCACUCCCGGCUGUGGACUUCAGGCCUCCCACCAUCUGCUUACUGGUGCGGGCAGGCGCUGGUGGAUACUAGCCUCUACAUUUUUAUUUUCUUGUCAAUGUAUUUAUUUUUCUACCUAAUAAAGAGAGUGUACAUUUUCAUCACAAGUCGAAUUGUAUUUGCUUUGAUAGUGACUACACUUGGUUCCGCAGCUGCUCUUGUCAUCUUGUCAUAUGUGAUAUCAUUUAUCUUCCACAAGAGGAGAAAAAAUAAUAGCCUUUGGUCAUUUUGUUUUUAUAUGAUCACGAUCAUCAUGUUUGACAUCACUAUAAUGCAGGACUUCAGCUUAGGGAUUCUGAUUCCCUUCAUGGUAUUAGUUCCCCCAUUUACCGUUGGUGGGUUUAUAAUGUUUUCAUCAAAGAAAAUCUAUGAGCAGUAUGGAAUAGUUAAAGACAAAAUUUACGACCUGGAUGAAGUUGAUCUUCUAGUGUGCUUAAUAGUCAAUGAGGAUGAAGAUGUGCAAAGAGAAAGACUUAGAACCACAACUGCCCUGACCACUUCAAACACUGAUGAGAAACCAGUCAUAAUUGCAAGCUGUUUACACAAAGAAUAUGCAGGCCAGAAGAAAUGCUGCUGUUUUUCCAAGAGAAAGAAGAAAAUAGCCACAAGAAAUAUCUCCUUCUGCAUUAAAGAAGGUGAAAUUUUGGGAUUGCUAGGACCCAAUGGCGCUGGUAAAAGUUCAUCUAUUAGGAUGAUAGCUGGGAUCACAAAGCCAACGGCUGGAAAGGUGGAGCUGAAGGGAUCCAGUUCUGUUUGGAGUCACCAGGAAGACAAUGCAAUCAAGUUUCUGGGGUACUGUCCUCAGGAGAAUGCGCUGUGGCCCAACUUGACGGUGAGGGAGCAUCUGGAGGUGUAUGCGGCUGUGAAAGGGCUGAGGAGAGAGGACGCCAAAGCCGCCAUCACAGGAUUAGUGGAAGAUUUCAAGCUGCGGGAUCUGCUGGCUGUUCCAGUGCAGAAAUUAACAGCAGGAAGCAGUAGGAUGCUGUGUUUUGUGCUGAGCAUCCUGGGAAGCUCCCCUGUGCUGCUGCUCGAUGAACCGUCUACAGGCCUGGACCCCACCAAGCAGCAGCAAAUGUGGCAGGAAAUCCAGGCAGCUGUUAGAAACACCAAGAAGGGGGCUCUCCUGAUCACGCAUUCCCUGGACGAGGCCGAAGCCCUGUGUGACCGUGUGGCCAUUAUGGUGUCUGGGAGGCUCAGAUGCAUUGGGCCCAUUGAACAUCUGAAAAGCAAGUUUGGUAAGGAUUACAUUCUACAACUAAAAGUGAAGGAACCUUCUCAAGUGACAUUGGUACACACGGAGAUUCUGAGACUUUUCCCGCAGGCUGCUCGGCAGGAAAGAUAUCCCUCCUUCUUGACCUAUAAACUCCCCAUGGCAGAUGUGUGUGGCCUAUCUCAGGCCUUUCAUAGACUAGAGGCAGUGAAAUGUAACUUUAACCUGGAUGAAUACAGCCUUUCUCAAUGCACACUGGAACAGGUAUUCUUGGAGCUUUCCAAAGAGCAGGAACUGGGAAAUUUGGAUGAAGAAGUUGAUACAACCAUGAGAUGGAGACUCCUCUCUCAGUCAGAUGACCCAUAA